AUGGACUACCUCAUCACAGAGGGAUACCCUUCAGCUGCUGAAAAAUUCGCUGCCGAAGCCAACAUACAGCCCAAGGCGGAUCUUAGCAGUAUUCAAGAAAGAGUUCAGAUUCGAGAUUCGAUACAUCGUGGUGAUUUGCAGAUGGCCAUUGAACUUAUCAACGAACUCAACCCAGAACUCCUGGAUACCGAUAAAAAACUUCAUUUCUCUCUUCUACGCCUUCAACUCGUCGAGCUUAUACGUCAAAGUUUCACCUCUUCCGACCCCGGCCUGGUGGGGAAAGCGAUAGAAUUCGCCCAAAACAACCUCGCCCCAUAUGCUCCACUAGAAGCUCAAUUCAAAAACGACCUUGAACGAGCCAUGGCACUGCUUAUCGUCCCUAAGGAAUCCUGGACUCAAGCAACUUCAUCAGGCUCUUCGGGCUCGUCGGCGUCACAAGUACAGAAUGAUUUUGGUGCCUUGGCUGAGCUUGUUGAUCCUUCAUUACGACGCAAAGUCGCCAAAGAAGUUAACGAAGCACUCCUGCAAUCCCAGGAUCAGAGAAGAGAAGCCAACAUUCGCUAUCUUGUCAAAGCGCGCGCGUGGGCCGAACAACUUGCGAGGGAGAAGAAUAUUGAUCUACCGGAGAAUCUCAGUCUCGGUCUUGACGGCGACGAGCCCUCCAAAGGGAGCUCAAAUGGCCACCAUGGAGAUACCGAAAUGACAGAAAACGGGGCGGAAGAUAACACCGUUGGUAGUGAUGCUGAAGCAAGAUAUACGACCAUUCCAUCUUAA